AGAAGCUAUUCAACUUCUCUUUCCGGAUGCCAUAACUAGAUACUCAAUCAGCUUUAUUAGAAUCAAAAGAUUAUAAAAUAUCCUUAAAUUGUACACAGUUUUGAUAUAUUAUAAAAAAAAACAAUUCUAAUAUUUUUCGAUUUUGAAGAUAGAGAAUCAUAUCAAUUUAUAAAUUUGACAGUGCCUCUCAGUAUUACUAAUUAUAAUUGUAAUUGAUCUGUCAUUAGUCAUAUGGUCGUAAGUGACGGACAAUUGCGAUGAUAAUGUUUAUUAUUUUUUUGAAGAAAAAAAAUUAGUUCUAAAGUGUUUCGUGUAUACGUUAUUAAAUUUAGGAAAAUUGUAUGUACACUUUUGCAUAACGACGUUUUCUAAUCCUAUUGUUACUUCGUAUACAAUGGUUAAAAAACAUGAUACUCUAAUUGUGACAAAUCAUUUCCUUAAUUAAAUAAGACAAUAUGAUCUACAAAUGUCUAUUAGGAUUGAUAUUUGCAUCUUUAUUGGACAAAAGCGGUGCUGAAAUUUACGCCAUUAAGUAUGAAUCUCAGUUUUAUCGUGAAGAAUUUACAGAUAAACCAGCUUUAUUUGGACCUGACCUAAAAGAUACAGCUUUAGCUGGUAUGCUAAUUGAGGCAUAUCCAGUAGAUGCCUGUACUCAAAUGUUGAGACCUACACCUGAUCCAAAUAAUGAAACUGGAAAACUAGUAGUCCUUGUUAGAAGAUUUAGUAAGAGUAACAAUUGUACUUUCGAACAAAAAGUGCGUAUAUCUCAAGCUGCUGGUUACAGUGCUGUGAUAGUAUACAAUGUUGGCUCCGAUGAACUUAUUUCAAUGGGAGCCAAUAACAGAACAGGGAUUUUCAUACCUUCUGUUUUUGUUUCCGAGAAAAGUGGAUUGGAGCUUUUGAAGAAAUAUGCAAAUUCAUCAGAUUAUUUUAUAAUUAUAAAUGGAGAUACACCUUUUGAUUUACCUACACACUUAUUGGUUCCUUUCUCAAUCGUAGUGGGAAUAUGUUUUAUCGUUAUGAUUAUUUUUAUGAUAUGGAAAUUUAUAAAAGAUAGAAGGCGUCAGAGAAGGCAUAGAUUACCAAAACCAGUUUUGAAUAAAAUUCCAACUCACAAGUUUCAAAAAGGAGAUCCAUAUGAAACUUGUGUAAUUUGUUUGGAGGACUAUGUAGAUGGAGAAAAACUGAGAAUUCUCCCAUGUAAUCAUGCAUACCAUACAAACUGCAUUGAUCCAUGGUUAACUAAAAAUCGUCGAGUUUGUCCUAUUUGCAAACGUAGUGUUUGGGGUAGAGAUGAAGUCCGUACAGAUUCGGAUACUGAUGAAUCAGAAACAGAUGAUACGUCCCCAUUGUUAAAUUCCAGUAAUAAUGUUACCCAAGGGGGUACAUUCCAAGAGCAACGAGGGAAUCCAUUUCAACGGAUACUAAGAUCUGUAUCACAAGCUUCUGGAGCAGCAGCUGCUAACUUAGUUUCUACUUCUGAUCAUCACAGCAUCAAUGGAGAUUAUAUAAGUAUAAAUAGUGCUAGUUCUGAUUCUAGAGAAGAAUUAUUUCGUGAUGCUGAUGUCAAUAUCGAAGCUUCCACUAGUAGUGUUAAUCCAUUUGAAGAGAAUGUUGUUUCAGUUCAAGUUGACGCUUUUAGUGAGAAUUCAAGCAUGGAUAGUGGGGCUCAUGCGUAAUCUUUACAGAUUAUUUUAUUUAAUGGGAUUAUAGUUGCAGUUAUAGCGACACUUAGGAUAUGUGCAGAUAUAUUUGCAUAUGUGAUGAUUUGUAUAUAAAAUAUUUUUUUGAUAUUGUAUGACUUGAAAAUCUUAGACGACAAGAUGAACUUUUUAUAGGUUAUCGGUUUAAAUUUACUGCACAUAUACUAUGAAAUAUUAUUAAGACUUAUAUUUUUAUUGUUUGAAUAAUUUAUCUAAAGAAUAUGUACAGAACCUGGAUACUAAGAAUUAUUUAAAUGACUCAUCAUCAUCAUCAGGGGUACAACCAUGAUUCUUCUUAAAGGAACCCUUAUGAUACUUUGUUUUGAUGAUUGUUAACAAUCUAUAAAUUGUGCGCCAAUAGAUUUUACUAAUCAUAGUAGUGAUGUAGGUAUGGUGAAGAUUCGAAAAAAGGUAACAAAUUUUUUAAAAGAAUAAAAGAUUUGAAUUUGAAUCAAAACAUAAUGCAACAUAAAAUUUUAAAAUCGUAUGUACAUCGUUUUGUGUCUCGAAGAUAUCUAAAAAAAUCUUUCAAUUCAAAUGUACAGGGUAUAACACUAAGAGCUAAAUGUAUUGAAAAAUAUUGGUAAUAUUUUUCCAAUAACUUGUGUGUUGGCGUUUUUCCAGGAGCUUUUAUAAGUUGAAAUGUUUUGACUUCUCGUUGUAGUUUUUUUUAAUAUAGCACCUGUUUUUAGUACCUAUAAUGAAUAAUUUUUUGAAAACAAAGAAAAAUUAGUAGAGAAUGACCAUAAUAUGCCAGAAUAACGCCUGAAUUUUCCUAAAUCUUGAAAAAAUUGAAUGAGUUAUUCCAAAAUUUCAAAAAUAGUGUUUUUGAAGAAAUGACAAUUCCAAGUGAGUAGAUUUCUAAACAGUUUUUAUAUAGAUUUGGAAAACAAAAAUUCCCAUACAGUUAUUAUUUAUUAGAAUUACUUUAAAAAUCUUUGGAAAAAUCGACCAGAAGAGAAGCUGGAAUGAGAAUAAACAAUAUUUGAUUUAGUUAUUUACCAAGAAUUUGACAUGAUUAAUGAUAGUCUUUGAACAUUUGUGAAGCUUCAAGUUUUAAUCAAACACAUUCUGGUAAUUUUUGUUCUCAGUUUUUCUUUGUUUUGGAGUUUGCAAAAAAAUGAAAGAGCGGAAAACUGUAAGGAAAAUAAUAUAAAUAGUUAGUAGAUUCAACUUAUUGCAGUAUACUCUCUACUUUAGUUUUUGCCAGUGUUAUUAUUCAAUAAUUUCUCUAUCCAUAAUGCUCCUUUUCCCUGGUUGCGCCCCUGGCCAGUAUGGUAAAUAUUGUAUGGAAACAAUUUCAAAAUUUUGGUUUAACCACUGUUAGUACCCAGAAUAUUUUGAUUUUUUGCAAGAUAAAUUUUUCUUGUAUGUGAUUUCUAGUCGAACACUGUUUUACCUAUUUUUUUAUUGAAAUUAUUUUUGACUUGAGUAUGUAAUGGAAAAUUGUUAUUUUUCACAUUGUAUAUUUCUAACAUUUUUAUAAAUUCACUGCAAAUAGCCAAGUUUGUAUUUUUUGCUCAAUUCCAUCACUAUUUAUGAAGACAACCCACAAAAAAGUAUCUUUUAACACUUUUUUCAUUUCUAGUACUGGUUCAGGUACUACAAAUAUGUGUAGAAGAACUAUAUAAACCUAACUUGUAUUUUUAUCUCGUCAUAUACCGGUGAAUCUUUCAAAUCCUUAAAAUUUGUUCAGUACUAAUGACAUACUGUUUAUUACCAUUUUACUAAUACUUACAUCGUCUUCAGAGACCAAAACUUUUGACAUCUAAAGAUAAUAAUUUUGUUGUCGAGACGCACGUCAUACAGGGUAAUUUCAAGGGUUGCUGUAGCAGUAGUAAACAAUAUGUUAAGUUUAAAUAUCACCAACAGUUUCAGAACUUUGAACUUAGAACUAAUGACAGUUUUACUUAGUCCGGUCAAUUUAGAGAUUCGAAGUUAUAUAAAUUCCCACCAAGCUGAAAAUAAAUAAAAUUGUUUAAAAUAUAAUUAUAUAAAUAUAAAAAGUUCUCCAUCAUUCCCGUGUAUGAAAAAAAUUUAUUCAAGGUCAAAGUUAAAAAAAAUGAUUUUUUCGCUAUUUUCAGCAAAACAAUAAGUUUUGUAGAUCAUAAAAUCAACUACAAAAAAUGUAUCAAUACUUUUUUUCCUACGAACCACUGUUUCUGAGAUAUAAUGAUUCAAAAAGUUGUUUCCCUGCCACCUUUGAGGUAGUGUUUUUUUAAUGUGGAUUGAGAUUGAAAAAUAAAAUCGAUUUAAAUUAAAAAAAGUUGUGAAAUUUAGACAUACACUUCAUUCUAUGUAUGUAAAUUGCGUCAAUAGCGACGUAUCACAUGUCGCCUCUUUGGAAUCAAACGUAUCCUCCACUGUUUGUGAUUCAAUAUUAUAGCAAGAACGGUUUUGACAAGGUGUACAUGCUAAAGAACAAAACAGGCCGACUUUUUUGCAACCUCAGCGCCCCUUUUUACAGUUGCAAAACAUUGUGUUCAGCAGUUUGGAUGUAUAUACGUGGCGUACUCAUGUAUAUUAUGAUGAUUACAACUUUUAGAACUUUUCGCAUAGUUAUAUCUCAGAAAAGGUAGCUCGUAGGAAAAAAAAGUAUUAUCGUUUUUUGUAGAUAAUCUUAUGAUCCACAAUUUUUAUCUAAGGUAUUUAUAAAACUUACCAUUUUGCUGAAAAUUGCGGAAAUCUCAUUUUUUUGAUCUUUGACCUUGAAUAAAAUUUGUUCCGUACACGGAAAUAAUAGGAAGCUUUCAAAUUUUAUUUUUAAUUAUAUUUUGAAUGAUUUUACCGAUUUUCAGCUUGGUGGGAGUUUAUGUAGCUUCACUCUUAUUUUUUGGUCUAAUUUGACCGGACUAUUAUCAUCGACGAAAACAAUGUAAUUGAACGAUCCCCCUUUUAAUUUUUUUUUUUAUAUUUUAUUUUGGAUACCUCCCUAUGUUAUUCAAAUAAUAUAAGAUGCAUUGUUCAUUUGAUUAAAUAAAUUAGUUUCGCUUCUAGAAAAUAACAGAAUGCUUGUGACAAAUCUAAAGUUGUGUUCUAAUGAUUAUUAAUUUAUUUAAAAUACAUACUUGGCUAUUUUGGAUUCCUAUGAAAUUCUAAUACCUUUUCUAAAUGUACAUACUUUCAAACUUGUGUCUAUGAGUCACAUAAAUAAAACUGGGAUAGUUCACUGGAAGUGUGAUAUUUUUAUAAUAAAUACUAAUAUAAUUAUCUAUACUUCAAAAUGAGCAACGCAGAAAGUAUUUAACUAUAAGUAAUCAAUCUAUCGGGUUAAUAUCUAUUGAAUUAAAAGCAAAACAAUUAGAAAAUUUUGUAUUGAUUUUAGUUUCUUGAAAGUGUAAGUUAAAUGGUUAUAUUAAAUCGGUAUAAAAAAUUUUGGGAAAAUAAACUGAAUACUAAAUUAAUCUUUAAUUUUUAAACGAAAUAGUCAUUAUCGGUUUUGUGCAGUACUAAAAAUAUGUUUUCAUACCAUCAAAGAAAAUCAGCAAACAAUCUUUAACCGGCGCUACGGUAUUUUGAGAACCAGGGCCUUUUUAACAAUCCUUUCUGUCUGAGCCUCCAACGUCGAACCCCUAGCUGGAUCAGGCUGGAAUUAACGUCUUCUAACCAGGAAAGGCGCGGUAAUUUCCCUUAUCUUGAAUACAUCAGUUAAAUCGAAUUAAACUUUCUGCUUGUUCAUUUGAAAUUAAUCUUCUAAGAAAAUUUAUAUUAUCAAUAUCUUUAUAGGUCUCGCUCGUAUUUACCACAAAUUGUUUAAAAGGUGCUAAUAUAUACCAAUCUUAUUAUAGUUUAGCUUUAUUUUUUUUAAUUGUGUUGUAUAACCAAAGUGGUGAGUCUCCAUAUUAAUAUAUUAUUAUCCAUUAUUAUCCAUCGCAGGAUUACAAAGCUAGAACGUUGACCGACUAAACGUUUUCUCUGUGUAACAAAGUUAAAAUAAAAACCCUUAGGAUGGGAUAUCAGAAUGUUGAGGCUGAGCCUGCGGUAUGAAGCACAUAUAUUUUAAGUGAUUCAACCUCGUUGAAAAUGCUAGUAUAUAGGAUAUUCACGUAGUUUAAAUUUCAAGUGAACUGUAGAUAUGGAUACUUGACCAUUAUAGAUUUUUUGAGGUUUAAAGAGAAAUAAGUGAGCUGCCGAUUAUUUGAUCUCUUAUAAAAGUUGUUAUUCGCAAAUAGACAUUAUUUUGAUGAACAAUUAACAUUGUAUAUAAAAAAUGAGAAUAUUGGGAAGAUACAUAAGGAUACGACACGUUGUUAUUGCACGUUUAUUAAUUUUUCCUCAAACUUCAAUUCUUCAGGUGCCACUUCAGUUUUUUCUCUUACUGCUUCCCUAGUUGUAAUUUUAAAAUAGGUUUUUACGAUGAUCAGUUUCUUACUAUAAUAAAUACUUAUUUUCAAAUCUUUAGUGAUAUUUAUUUUUAUUGCUUAUUGCCAAUGAUUCUCCUCAGUACUGAGUAAAUUGUUAAAAAACCCAAGAUCUUGUAUAUUUGGCCGUUAAAUCGGUAUGAACUGUCUUCAAAAAUAAUUUUCUAACGUUGUGUCCAUUGGUACAUUAUAUCGUUCAUUUGCAAUGAUCUGUCAAAAUGCUUGUUCGUUAACAAAAAUGAGAUCUUAAAUCAUAUUUGCUAAUUUAUUGUGAUAAAAUGUCUUUCCAAGUUAUUUUUUGACUGUCCAUUGUUCCAUUAUGUUGUGUUUAUUGAUAGUGGUCUGCCACAUGUAUUGCUUAUUCCUUAGGAAACAUAAGAUCUUGUGCAUAAAAUGGGGUUAAAGUGUCUUCUUCAAAGAUCAUUUGUUGUCAUUUAUUGUGAUAAACUGUCUUUCUAAGAUCAUUUUUUGACUGGGAGUCAUAAUUUAAGAUCUUGUGCAUAACAUUUGGCUGAUAAAUUGGGAUAAAUUGUCUUCUUCCAAGAUUAUUUGCUGAUAUUGAGUCCAUUGUUCUAUUAUAUUGCUUAUUUUCAAUGAUAUUUUCACAUUUGCUGAUAAAUUGGGAUAUACUAUCUUUCUAAGAUCAUUUUUUGAAUAUUCCAUUAUGUUGUUUAUUGCCAGUGGUCUACCACACAUACUGCAUAUUCGUUAGCAUCUAUAAGAUCUUGUAAAUAACAUUUGGCUAGUAAAUUAGCACAAAUCGUCUUCUAAGAUCAUUUUUUUUAUGGUUUAUAAGUACAGGAAUUGCACAAUAUUAAGCGUAUAAAUAUUUGCUUGCAUAUUUUCUUUGGAAAAGGUAAUUUCGUUCUGCUUGAAAUGUUCAACAAUCAGUUGUAGUACACUUAAGAUCAAUUCUUCUAGUUUAAUGACUCAUUUGAUGCCUGUGAUUGUGACAUUGAAAUUUGUUCUCAACUUCUGCCUGGGAUGACGUUGGUAUCCAUAAUUGCUGUGCCCUGUAUCUCUCAUUUGACUCUAUAAAUUUCAGCAGCUAUCUCUAUGUGAAUCUUUGUUAUUACUAUUCUUGAUUUAUAUCCUAUUUUAUGUUAUUUCUCAUCGAUGGUUUCACAUUAUUUCCAUCUGAAUUCAACUUCUUGAAUUGUUCUAUGAAAUCAACAUGUGUUUUAUUGUUAUAUUAUACACUAAUCUUAUUAUUUUAAUAUUAACCGUAAAAUACAAAAAUUGUAAUGUAAGUAUAUAUAGUGAUUCCAGUGUAAUAUAAUUUUGGGAAAUAUCAAUAUAAUUUAUUUGAAUUAC